UAAAUAAAAAAAUUCUUUCCUAUGCUGAAUUAUUUGCCUGGCCUGCCCAUACUUGAUUUUUAUCACCAAUGUCACCAAGCAACUGGAAGAGAACUGCGGCUAUUGUCCUAAUCAAGUAGCUAGCAAUUCCAUAUCACAUGAGUUUUAAUCAUGAUGUCUUUUCGGAGUAUUUUCGUGCAAACUUCGUAGCAAAUUAUUUAUCACGUCAACAAGAUUUAAAACACCUCGAAUAUACAAAUAUCAUGGAAUGAUGAUGUUUUUAUGCAAUUAUUUUGAUGCAACUUUUUUUGUUUUCACGGUGUAAUACGUUCAUCUCCAAAUGUUUGUUUGAGAACUUUGGGUAAAUUUAUGGGUUAGUAAAGUGUGCGAUUGCUCAUCACUUAUGUGAUGAUUAUAUGUACAACAAGUAGGGGAGAGUUGGAGAUGUGUUGGGCCUUCUAUUUUGUUUGUCUCUCUACUAUGAGCUGUUCUCCAUCAUUGAUUCAUUUCCAUUCUCUCUCCCUCUCUUCUCAUUUAAAGCACAUACCAAGAAAGAAAUUUUCCAUUGCACAACACAAACAUUCAACUUUGCUAUAUCCAAAUUCGUGCAAAUAUAUAUAGUUGCAUGAAUUUUGAUUUUAGGGUUUGUGUUUUCUAGUCUUUGCUGGUUUUGGGUUUGGGUUAAACAAUGAGAAUGACGACGCAGACUGACACAAUGUUCGGUAGAUUCAUGAAACUGUCGUAUUUUGAACACACACUUAGUUAUAUUACUAUGUUAGUUGUAAGAAAGAAGAUUUUAGCUAAGACAUGGGUGAGAAAAAAAAAAAUAAGAAAUCGAAUGUGUCGCUACUCGCUAGUAUAAUGGACAUAUCUUCAUCAAAGAGGUAUUGGAAAUACGUAAAAACUUGAUUUACAAUGUAACAAAACGACUUAACUAUUUGUACAAGAGAAAUAAGUGGUGAAACAAAAAGGACGUAUACUUAAUAGCCAAUCAAUCAUGGGUAGGUACCACGAAGAUCUAAAGCUCGGUACGAAUUCAUGCUACUGGCACGUCGCUGGUACACCAAACACCUGAACUCGUGCUCCACCACUCAUCUACAUCUCUUUGGAGCAUUCAUUUGCUUGAAUGAAACAUAGACAUCAUUCGAGUACUCCUGUGAAGUACAUGUAAUCGUUACUUUCUUUCGACGAACCAUAUUUUUAUUUUAUCUUUUUGAUCAAUAUGUUAUCUUUUUUCUUUAUGGGUACCGUUAUGUCAUUUUCAAGGUGCCUUAGCCGAAAUUACCACCAUUGGAUGAGGCAAAUUGGAGAGAGCGAGAAAGAAAAAAGAGUAGGUGGGAGGGAGAAAUGGAAAGUAGAAAUAAAAUUCGGACCUUUCUGGAAAUUUUGAAAUACUUGGAGGGCAUCAUUGCAAAAGAAACGCCACCGCGUUUUCAGUUUUAUUUCUUAAUAACUCCCCUUGCUCUUUAAUCAGUUUCCUUCAGCUCAGCUCUCUCUCUUUCCCUCCCUCUCUCUAUAUACCCGCCGGAAUCCGGCGACAUGUUCGACGGCGAAAAAUUCCCGGCCAGUUUUCGUCUAAUCCAGCGCUCGAGAUCUGGUACGCUGAUACUUUCAUAUUGUCUGCCGUUACUGUCACAGAAAUUUCCCUCCAAACUUAUCUCUGCGACUCUCUCUUAAUCGCAAAGCAUGUUGUCUUUCUAUGUGCCGAGAUCCAUAAGAGGCGCCCGAUAGAGGAUUGGAAGCGUGUUAAAUGAUUAGAAUUAGGAUCGGGCAUGAGAAAUAUCGAUCUGAAUUGUUGUAACUCAUCGUUCUUUUCCCUGCUAAUUGAAUUGGAACCAGUGUCUUUAGAAAUCGCAUAAAGCUUCUGGUUCUGAUGUUGGUUACCGUUUUCUGCUGAUUUUUGUUUUUUUUUCAGGUGACAGUUCCGUCGGAAACAGAAAUUUUAUCGGGGAAUCUCGGUAACUGGUUGCUGGGUCAUUAUUGGGGCUCGAGUUCCUGUUUCAUCUGAACCGGUGGUGGAUUGGUUUGUUUCCUCAAUAUUCUCUGAACAUAUACUCCCAAAAUCAUGAGCUGUUAUCUGGGUUGAAAAACGUUAUUAAAGAUGGAGUCUUUUGAUUCGGUGUGCGUUGGAAUCGAAUCUGGGUUUCAGAUUGGUGGGAGCAGUAUUGAUUCAUUGAAUUGGUGGGUAUAGUCGACAGAUGGAAAUUGAUUGCGUGCAAAGCUUGGGGAUUUCUUUACAGGGGUUUUGAAGGGGCUUGCUCAAGAGCUGUACCAUAGAUUGAUAACUUGUUGGUGUUUUGUUUCGAUUGUUUUGGAAGAUUUGCUUGAUUUUGUUUAACAUUACCAGAAAGAAAGAAACACAGGAGAGGUUUGUUUCAGAUAAAUUAUUUUGAUCGAUGGAGGGGGAAGAAGAACAAAGGGUUAAAAGAAUAAGGAUUAGGGAAGGAGUGAAUGAUGGUCGAUUGAGAUUCGGAUCAAGUGAUUCACUCUUUCCUGGGCUAAUCGACGACGUGGCAUUGAACUGUCUAGCACACACCUGCAGAUCGGACCAUUCCUCUUUGUCAUGCAUAAACAAGAGGUUUCAUAAGUUAAUCAAGACCGGGUAUCUAUAUGGGUUGAGGAAACACUUGGGGAUCACUGAGCACUGGGUAUACUUGGUUUGUGAUCCAAGAGGGUGGGAGGCAUUCGACCCCACGAGACAAAAAUGGAUGGCACUUCCAAAGAUACCUUGCGACGAGUGUUUCAACCAUGCUGACAAAGAAUCAUUGGCAGUUGGCAAUGAGCUGCUGGUUUUCGGUCGUGAGUUGUUCGACUUUGCAAUUUGGAAGUAUAGCUCUGUCAGCCGCAUCUGGGCCAAGUGCGAUGGAAUGAACCGACCCCGUUGUUUGUUCGGGUCAGGCAGCUUCGGUUCGCUUGCUGUUGUUGCAGGUGGUAGUGACAAGAACGGUAAAAUCUUGCAAUCCGCUGAGCUGUAUGACUCCUCUACAGGCAAAUGGGAGAUGCUCCCCAACAUGCACUCGCCACGUAGGCUCUGCUCGGGUUUUUUUAUGGACGGCAAGUUCUAUGUGAUCGGAGGGAUGUCGGGUCCCACAGCAUCGUUGACUUGUGGGGAGGAGUAUGACCUAGAGACCAGAAAAUGGAGGAAGAUAGAAGGGAUGUAUCCUAAUGUCAAUAAGGCAGCUCAGGCGCCUCCCUUGGUCGCAGUCGUGAAUAACCAGCUGUACGCGGUCGAGUAUCUAACUAACAUGGUGAAGAGAUACGAUAAGGAGAAGAACGCUUGGAACGUCCUGGGGAGGCUUCCGGUGAGAGCAGAUUUGUCCAACGGUUGGGGUCUUGCUUUCAAGGCUUGUGGCGAGCAGCUGCUGGUUGUGGGCGGGCAAAGGGGACCUGAAGGUGAAGGUAUCGUUCUCAACUCGUGGCGUCCUGAGUCUGGGGUGAAUAAUGGUACCUUGGAUUGGAAGGUAAUUGGUGUGAAGGAGAAUGUUGGGGUGUUUGUUUACAACUGUGCUGUUGUUGGUUGUUGAUAGGAUUUGUGAUUUACAACUCACUUUUGGGGAGGGGAGUGGGGAAGAUAGAAGAAGAGUUUCUUUUCAUUGCAUAAUAGAGGGCUGGGUGGGAUUCAGGAUUGGCCUGCUGCAACAAUUAUUUGAUUUUAACUAGAAUGAAUUAAUUGUUCACUGGGAAGAAGAGAAAUAGGCCUUCUCAUGUCUCUUUUGUUCUCUUUUCAUUUUACUACAUUUUCCUUCGCCCUUCCCUCUCCAUUGAUAACCAUGUCUGUACCUAAACACAUGUGGUGUUGUCUCAACCGUGAUUCUGCAAAUUUCCUUUGCUGCUUUCCAGCAGCAACCCAAUAGGGGUUUACUGGUACUGCUACAGAUUCAAUCCUCUCCAAAGUUUCUCUUAUAUUGAUUGGUACUUUUGCAUCGUUCUUUCGUUGUUGUUGGAUUGCUUGUCCAACUCAAGGACGCAUGUUCUCGCCAUCUUCUUGUGUCUUUCUGUUGGCCAACUCUUUUCCCAUCUCGUACUGGAAUGAGAUUGUCGAACUAUGUUACACAGUUCUAUUGCUGUUGCUGUUGGAUUCCACUUAGGCUUACAUGUUUGUAUCAACGCAUGAUGCUGCCGUCGGAUCAUGUACCACGCAACCUCGAUCGUUGAAUGUACGUGUGUUAACUUGUACAUCCAAUGGCUGAGACUGCCAGCCCGCAUGAUGUGAAGUUUUUAUGUUAGCUGGGAAGAUGAUGAGUUUGGUUUAUCGAUAAUGAGGGGAAAAGCUUUGCUGAUUAAGUGGGGUUGCUUUGUGAUGUUUCAUAUGCCAUCAAUGGGAUUUCGUGCAGAGAUUGAUAUGCUGUUGUUUGGAAUGCAUCAAUCAAAAUCGUGGGUAUUGGGCCAAUUUUGAUGCGUGGGGUUGGAUUGGAAUCCGCUUUGGCUUUUGUUGUUGUUGUUGUUGGUGAUUAUCAUGUUUUGCUGGCUAACCAUAAUCAUGAUUAGUUUCCUUUUUGCUUUUGCGGGUGGGGAAACGCCCAAUUUGGAACUUCACAUUUUAAGCUCACCCACUUCUGAUUCAUCGUUGACAUGAUGUACUUUCGAGUUCAAUUUUCGUUGUUAAUUACUCGAACAACCUCUCUUGAUGUCACUAAUCAUAUUCAGAAUUCGUAGAGUGGUGGAUUAGCGGGCUUUAAUGAGUGACAUACAUAGACUAAUAAACUUCCGAAUCGCCCCGCCGGCGGCCGCGUCGUUUUCCCCAGAAAAUGGCUCGCCAACCGUCGGCAGCUCGGCAAUCAGGAUGAUGUGGGCAUACAAGUACAUGGUCUAUUAACUUUUUGAUCUACUUUCUUUUUUUCCCGGUGAUGUUAACUUCUCAUCUACUUCAUUGAAGAAGAAAAAAAACAGAGCCCUUUUCUUUAUCUACUUGCAGUGGGCAACCACCACCACCACCACCACCAUCGCCAGAAGCAGGCCGGCGGACUUUCGGCGACAGGCGUCCCACACUUAAUAAUAAAUGUUGCCCCACGUGUCACCAGCUGCCGUCCAGUUUAGUGGCCGGAGACGCAGUUCCCGAGGCCUGCCCGUCUCCGUAAUCACGACCGUUAAAGUUUGCCCAUAUCCAUCUCCGAUCAAACGAGCAACGUCCCACCUCGUAGUUUCUAUUUUAGGGGCUGACUCGUGUGGAGAUGACAUGGCACCGCAGCUGACAUGUCAUAGCCAGGUGGGCGGUGUUUGAUAGGUCAACUACAACACGUACUAGACUCUAGUAAUUAUGAUUUUAAAAAUCGUGUGUCAAAAGUCAAAUUAUUAGUAAUUUGCGUUAAUGUUAUAUCAAAAUUAGAUGAAACGGGUCAAGAAUGAAAGAGAGGGAAACAUAGCGAGUUCGUAAGAGGAUCUGUUCUCGUUUGGUCCUACGCUAGAUGGGACAUGAUUGGUCAGGUCGAAAUUUAUCAUCCUGCGGAUGCAUAUACCAUUGUAUUAGUUUAGGAACCUUGAUGGAUUCACAAUAAGGUUUAGGGACUAAU